CCCCACAGCGUGCCUGACGGUUGACACAGCAUGUGCGGGUGGUCAGCCAGGAGGCCAGCCCCACCCCGCGCCGGGGCCUGGCGGAGUGCGUGUGCAGGAGGAGUUAGAGUACCAGGAGCAGGAGGCCGUCUGGGGCCCGCUGAGACGCUGGGCAGGUGCGAGGGCAGCGCACUUCCCGGUGUCCGCGGUGUCUCCUCCCAGGGAGGUGUGGGGCGCAGGGGGCGCAGGGGCCCUGCUCUGACCUGCACGUCCCCCCUUCCACAGGUGACCCCUGGCUUCGAGGAGAAGGAAGGGGAGCUGCUGGUCAGGGGGCCCUCCGUGUUUCGAGAAUACUGGAACAAACCAGAAGAAACUAGAGACGCAUUCACCGCGGAUGGCUGGUUUAAAACAGGUGACACGGCGGUGUUUAAGGACGGCAGGUACUGGAUCCGCGGCCGCACGUCUGUGGACAUCCUCAAGAGCGGGGGCUACAAAGUCAGUGCCCUGGAGGUGGAGCGGCACCUGCUGUCCCACCCCAGCAUCUCAGAUGUGGCUGUGAUUGGAGUUCCUGACGUGACAUGGGGCCAGCGGGUCACAGCUGUGGUAGCCCUUCGAGAAGGACACUCACUGUCCCACCCGGAGCUCAAGGAGUGGGCCAGAGGUGUCCUGGCCCCCUAUGCUGUGCCCUCCGAGCUCCUGCUGGUGGAGGAGAUCCCACGGAACCAGAUGGGCAAGGUGGACAAGAAGGCCCUGCUCAGGCAGUUCUACCCCGCGUGACCACGGGACCACGGCCAGGCCCAGAGCCCUCCCCGGACCUGACGCUGGGCAUGAGACCCGCACGCUGCCUCCCACAGCCACUGAUGUCCCAGCCCAGGGCCCCCAGACACUCCCUUGUGGUGGUAACACCCCACCUGCUGGACUCUCUCCUCAGCAAGUCCUGGAGGGAUCCCGGAGAAAAACAAACACUGUCCUGUGCUGUCUGCACACACCUGCACACACCUGCACACCUGUGUUGUCUGCCCACACCUGCACACACCUGCACACCUGUGCUGUCUGCCCACACCUGCAUACACCUGCACACCUGUGCUGUCUGCACACACCUGCACACCUGUGCUGUCUGCCCACACCUGCACACACCUGCACACCUGUGCUGUCUGUCUGCACCUGCACACACCUGCACACCUGUGCUGUCUGCCCACACCUGCACACACCUGCACACCUGUGCUGUCUGUCUGCACCUGCACACACCUGCACACCUGUGCUGUCUGCCCGCACCUGCACACACCUGCACACCUGUGCUGUCUGCCCGCACCUGCACACACCUGCACGCCUGCACACACCUGCAUACCUGUGCUGUCUGCACACCUCUGCACACCUGUCCAGAGCUGUGUGCUGCCCUACAGUGGGAGCACCUCAGCUCCCAAGGGUGGAGCCAGCUGCCUCGCCCCAACCCAGAGUCCUCCCAGGUCCUCCCAGACCCCUGCUCCCCCAAACCCCACGUCUUGCUGGCCUCCACCUUCCCAGCCCACAGGGAAGUGUUAGGGUGCGUGGGUGCCCCCGUGUGCACUCAGAGGCCACGUGAAGCGUCCUGGAGUUUCUGCAUGACUCCUGGGGAGCCGGGCACAGCUGUCCCCAUGGCCUGUAGGGAGGGACGGCCACAGCCCUGCAGGACUCUGCCCCAGAAUGCAGACCUACGGGGCCCGGUCACAGCCCUCCCACCGCCUGCUGUCCCUCACCCUCCCCUGCGCUGGGCAGGGCCAUGCUGGGAGGAAAGGCCCCGGAGGGGGCAGCGCUCAGCGCUCGCCGGUCUGGACAGCUGGGCCUCGGCUUCGUGGUGGCUCAGGAGACACCUGCUCCUGGGCGGAAGUCAGCGGCUGUAAGACUUUCACUGAAUCCUGCUGGCUUCGCUCUUGCGUUUUCUAUAACCUGAAGGUUCCGGCUCCUAAAAAUGUUUGCAUCAUC